AUGCAAUAUCAAUUUCCUAUGGAAUUAGCUGUUAACAAAGAUUGUAGAAAAACAUAAAGUGCCAAUAAAUGUAGAGGGGGGGAAUCGCCAAACAAAUUGUACUAAAACUUUACUCAUAAAAAUUCAAGUCAGCCAAAAGUUGUGAAUCUCUUUCGAAGUUUGAUUUUGACAUUCAUAUUUAUAGAUCAGCCUAAUCGAUAUAAUCAAUAUUUGCAGACCUCAAUAGAUGUUCACGAAAUAAACAAGUCUAAAAAAUCGGUGACUUCUCAUCAAAGAGUUAAGACGGAGAUCGACAAGCCAAAUGACUUUAAUAAAAGAUUCUAUCCGAAUGAGAUCCAAAUGUUUUUAAAUAAGGUGGAGAUUUAAAAGAACAAGUUCAAUGUGUUGAAUAAGACUGCCCUCAAUAAGGGCAAUCGAUUGUAGGCAGUUAAAGUUAAUCAAGGAAGAGAAAUCUACGAUUGCAAUCAUUCCAAGUAAAUUAGUUAACCAGAUCUCUAAGAUCAAAUCCUGAGAAAGACCAAUAAUUAUUUAAAAAAUAAUCGUAAUGGGCAGUCGACUCCGAAUAAUGUCGAUGAGAACCCUCAAUUCAACUACUUCCAACACAAAAUAGAGUACAGAAAUAGAAGAAGCAAUUUCACACAGUCCGAUGAUGUAACUCCGAUACGACGAUCAGUAUUUCAAUAGAUUCAAGAUUAUAGUGAUACUAAACUGGAUUAAAUCAAUGUAGCGAAGGAGGAGGAGAUAAUGCAGUUCUCUUUUGGUAUGCAAUAUAACAAACUGAGAGCUUUGAAAAGGUUUCCAAAGGAUAUAUUUUAUGGCGAUGUUCGAAGGGCAAAGAAAAAUUUAUCUAUGUAAUGA